GAAGCCUGGUCUGGCGCGGGUUUCCGCAGCCGGAGCCGCUCGUCCCCUGGGCGGGAGCAAGCUGUGGAUGCGGGCCGGGCGCGGGGAAGGCAGCGCGCACGGCACGGCACGGCACGGCACAGCGCGCGGGCAGGAAGCCGCCAGCGCUUCCGGGUCGCCAGGCGCCCGCGGCAGGGCCUCGGCUGCCCUCGAUAUGGAUAACGGGAAGGAUGAAAAAAGUCGGACACUUUGUGCAACUUCACAAGAAGAGCAGAAAGGCCGAGGAAAAGAAAAAAGGAAACGGAAGCGCAGUCGAAGCAGAUCAUCAUCCAUUUCAUCCACAUCAUCUUCUAGCAGUACAUCCACUUCUUCCUUUUCAUCACGCUCAUCGUCAAGGUCGUCUUCUUCAAGUAGCAGAGAUUCUCCCAAGUCUAAAUCAAAGAAAAAGAAAAAAGAAAAACACAACAAAAAGAAAAGGAAAAAAGAUAACAAAAUGAAGAAAAAGAAAGAAAAGAAGAAAAAGAGAGAGAAAACAGGACCUGUCCAGCUUUCCAAGUUCUUCAAAAACAAAAAGAAGAAUGAAAACUACAGCAUGAUAACUGGAAAGAAAAUUAAGAUGAGAAUAAAGAAGACUAAAGAGGAUAAAGAGAGAGACCGGAACCGCGCGGAACUCCUUGAAUUCCUGAACUCUGCCUUGUAGCAGGAGUGCUGACCGAGGGCCCGUGGGCAGCCCAAGCCACCAUCAUCAUGCCAGCAAAGCACUCAAGGGAAACUCAGGGACAAGGACACUGCCUUUGAUGAGACCAGACUCUCCUGUCGAGAUGACAAUCGAGAUGCCCUUUUUUAAUGGCAAAGUGAAGAACUGGUAACUUGUUGAGGAAGAUCCAAAUCCUCCUUUUGAGAUCCUAAGGUAACAGCCAGGCUGUGGUGUUUUAGAAGAGCCUUGGAGUAUGUCACUGACAAUGAUAAGAAUUGACACACGGAAGUCCAAUAAUGUAAUUUCUACCCUAACUGCAUGCGGAACGCACUCUAAAUUUCAUAUGUCGUAAUGUUUCCAGUAGUUUAAGCAAAGCAGAGUAUUUGUAAAUGUCUGUUUGAAAGAUGAGGCGUUUCUCUAUGUACAUUUUUCCCAGUAGUGUUUUAACUUGUCCUAAAGAGCAAAUUUACCCUUGUAAAUAGAACAUGCUUUUACAGAAAUUACUUUUUUUGUCAGUUCAUUCACUAUUACAUUAUUUUUUCUAAGAGUUUGAAUUCUUUCUCUGGACAGUUUAUUGCUCCAUCUCACUAGAAAGUGUAACAGUAAAAUACUCUAGAGCAAUAAUGGUAGCUGAAUGAUUUUUAUCCUAAAAUAGAAGCAGGAAAGGUUUCUGGAUUUGUUUGUUCAUCUGGAUGGACUGUUCAAAGGCAGCUCACGAUAGAUAGUUCAGCCUCCACAUCUGGAGUUGCAGUUCCUAGACCUAAAAAGUCUGGAGUUCUGGCCUGCCUUUCUGAUCAUAUGAGCUGUAUGUCAAGUCUCCCUCCCUCUAAGUGUAGCAAGACAUGUAUCGCAUGCCUUAGUCUAAUGGAAGAAGGAGCCGUGGGAAUGAUGCUGGGUCACACAGCGAUGAUGACUUUCCAGGUGUGUUGGUGUCUACUGUGAGAUGAGACAGGUCUGGAUGUGCAGCUGGACCCCAGCAUAACACCGGUGUUAGUGUUUGCCCUGGUAGUUUGCUCAGUGCUUGCUCACUUCAGUCUGGAGCUAUGACUUUGGGUUACCUGGCAGGUCCCUGUGUACAUAACCCUGAUGUGGGAAUUCCACUCAAGUCUCUGAUGUAGCAGAUGCCCCUUGGGAACCACAAUUUAGGAAUACUUGGAUAAAGGAGUCAAGGGCAGUUGACUUGGACGGGAAUAUCAGGUGUACAGUGGUCAGAGUGUGGAAAGAUCAUUAAACAGCAAAUGGAAAACUU